UUUGCCGACGAGCAUCUCUGCCGUCCUGCUUCACUACAGUAAUCAUUGCCCCCGGAUCUGCGCAAAUACACAGGACUUCUCUGGAAAAAGGCAGAGUUCAUCAAUGUAACUCCGCUCAGUCCGAAACUGUGCCGUUUAGCUGGAUAAGUCCAUCCCAAACGAGAAGAGAAAGAAAGAAAGAGAGAGAAAAAAGGGACAGUCAAACGCGAGUGGAGUGUCGACGUAAAAUCGUGAAGGAAAACAGAAGAAUAUGAUUGUCAAGCAGCACUUGAUCUUCAUCCUUUACAGCCUCUGUGCAAGCAUCUUUAAAGUGGCUGGGACAAAAAGCAAAGCGAAAGGUGGCCAAGGUCAGUUCCCCAUAACUCAGAAUGUGACGGUGGUGGAGGGGGGCACAGCCAACAUGACCUGUCGUGUGGAUUACAAUGAUAACACUUCCCUCCAGUGGUCAAACCCUGCACAACAGACCCUGUUCUUUGGGGACAAGAAAGCCCUGAGGGACAACAGAAUUGAGCUGGUGCGAGCCUCAUGGCAGGAGCUCACCAUCAGAAUUAGUGACGUCAGCCUGUCAGACGAGGGCCAGUACACCUGCUCGCUCUUCACCAUGCCUGUCAAGACCACCAAGGCCUUUCUCACUGUUCUGGGAGUGCCAGGACGGCCGGAGAUUACAGGAUUCACCAAGCCUGCUCUGGAGGGGGACUUAAUCACCCUGACAUGCACCACAUUGGGCAGCAAACCAGCAGCCAACAUCCGGUGGUUCAGAAAUGACAAGGAAGUCCAAGGCACUAAGGAGGUGAAUGCCACAGGAAAAUCAUUCACAGUGAGGAGUAGCCUCCAGUUUCACGUGGACCAACGAGACGAUGGAGUCGCCUAUACCUGCAGCGUGGAGCAUGUGUCUCUGUCCAACCCCUACAUGACAACUGAGGUCCUGGAGGUCCACUAUGCUCCCCAUCUGGAGAUCUCACAUUCACUGAUUAUUCCACAGGAAGGGCAAUACUUCAAAUUGGAGUGUGUUUCCAUAGGCAACCCAAUACCUGAACCAGUAUUGUGGUCUAAAGAUGGAGGAGAGCUGCCAGACAUUGACCGUAUGAUCGUGGAGGGCAGAGAACUAACCAUCACCACACUAAACAAAACAGACAAUGGCACGUAUCGCUGUGAGGCCAGCAACCACCUGGGGUCCAGCAGUGCUGAAUAUGUACUGUUUGUAUAUGAUCCUAAUGCUUUAGGACAACAGGGACCUGACCAUGCUUUAAUCGGUGGCGUUGUUGCAGUUGUGGUCUUUAUCACCUUGUGUUUGAUAAUAGUUCUCGGACGAUAUCUGGCCAGACAUAAAGGGACAUAUCUAACACAUGAGGCCAAAGGAGCAGAGGACGCCCCUGAUGCAGACACAGCCAUCAUCAACGCUGAGGGAAACCAUGUGCAUGCAGAGGAAAAGAAAGAGUACUUUAUUUAGACUUUUUGCUUUGUUUCAUGACAACUUUUGACAGCAGACAUGCAAUUUUAAGCUGCCUCAGUGUCACUACAUGAUGUGUUUUACUUUACUUAUUAUUCUUUUGUCUUCUCCAGAAAGCUCAUGCUUGGAUAUGCUUGUUUUCAAAGCAUUUGCUGACGAUAUAGCCUUCUCCUUUUGUAAUCAGUAUGAACCAUGUACAAUUUUGGAUUAUUUCAGUUUCAGUUUUAUGGUGCCUAAAUGCUGUACAUUUUUCUGCUUUUCUUCCAUUGCUUGCAUUAACUUUUUUUUCUACUAUCUCUUACUUUAACUGUUGUACAACUUUUUAAAAUCAUGAAGCAACAUGAAAUGUGCUUCAAGUCAGAAUCAAGUCUUAGCUUUUCAAACUGUUCUGCUCUUAAAGCAACUACUUUAAGGGCAGAAUAUGUUUAAUAUAUCAGUUUAUUAAACAUUGACAUCAGAGGAAUCUUUUUAGGGUUUAAACAGUGGUCUUGGAUGUUGCCUGGAGUUUACCCCACCACAGCCAUACUGCAUUAAAAAAACAAAGCAGACCUGAAACUUUGACAAAACAAAACAUAGAAGCACAAUCUAUGUGAUUGUCUCUAGAUGAAAUCAACUCCCUCUUAGCACGAUCUGUAUAUUUCUGCAUUCAUUUAUUUUCGGUUUCUGCUCUGGUUGAUUUUUACCAACAGAGAACAAGUUAGAAAAUUAAAGCACAAAGUCUGAGGACUAACAAGGAGGGAAAACACAUCAACUGAUUCUUGUCUCAGGAUUCAAUAUGAGUCUAGAUGGAGAGAUGGUGUCAGAUACAUGAUGAAGAUUUCAGUACACUUGCAGUUAUUGUCAUGGAUGAAGAAUUUUAAUUUUUUGUUGGCAAUGUGAUGUAAGAUCCAAACUGAAUGAGUGGAACCUUGUGUGGUUCAUUAUUUAUGUUGACUUUUAUUGAACAACUAUGCUCAAUGUGUGGAUAUUGCUGUAAAAUACUUUGCUAACGUGAAUAUUGGUGAACAAUAUUGUUGAAUCUUGGGAUCCCUGACACAUUACAAUUUGUAUAUGAGCAUAUACAGUAUUUAAAGUAUUCCACUUUUUUUUUUUCAUUUAUCCAUGGCAAACAAGAGCUUGUUUUGCCAGAAGGCAUGUAAAUUAUCUUUAAGUUUUCAAUUUUAGUAAAGGGAAAAACACUGGUUAUAGCUUUUAAUUUCAGGUCAUAUCAGUUUUCGUCACUUUGAUGAAAUUGUUUUCACACUUUUGAAGAUUUCUUCAAACAGGGAUUCUAAUGAAUUGCUUAAAAUUAAAAAGAAAA